GAGCAGUUGUGUUUCCCUUAAAACUAGCUUCAUGGCUAAAAAUGUCAGAUAACACAGUGUAAAACUUUGCGUCGGACAGCGGGCAGAAACAUAUUUGCAGCUAAAGCUAAACUUUUCAUGCGGUAAUGACGGGACGGCUGACCGGACACAACGGAUAACGUUUCUAAAUCUCCGCAUCACUUGAGAAAAGUGUCUGUACUGAGCAGGAUGCUAGCAUGUGUCGUUAGCAAACCACUGCAGGAAAUUAGCUCGUUAGCUUAGACAGCCGGCCAAGUGAUAUUAUGAGGCUUAACGCUGCCUCUUUAUGCUCAUACUCGACUUAAAUAACGUCUGCGCGAUGGACACCGAGGCGAUAGUGAUCCGUAUAAAGACACCUUUAGGGGACAUGGACUCGGCCGUGGACUGUCCAUCUCUUUUGAACUUCAAUGACCUGCUGGUCGCGAUCAGAGAUGUCAUGCCUGAAGCCACUGUCACUGCAUUUGAAUAUGAAGACGAGGUUGGGGACAGAAUCACUGUAAGAAGUGACGAAGAACUCAAAGCCAUGUUGUCCUAUUACUUCAACACAAUGAAUGAACAACGCAUGAAUGGACUGCUGCCCGACCCUCUACAGAUUUUUCCACGAGCCGGCAAGACUCCAGGGAUCCGGAACAUACAUGGCCUGAAGGUUAAUACGAGACCUAACCCAGCCAAUGACUGCACUCAAGCUGUCCCAGACUCCAUGGCCAACAACAGUUUAAAAAAAUCAUCAGCUGAGCUGAAGAGGAUCUUGACAAAUGGGCAGAUAAAUGCCCAAGAUAUCCACUAUCAAGAGCAGCUUGGCCAUGGAAACGGGGGCACAGUCUACAAAGCAUACCAUCUCCUUGGUAAGCGGGUUUUAGCAGUCAAGGUCAUUCCCCUGGAUAUCACGGUGGAAUUACAGAAGCAGAUCAUGUCUGAAUUAGAAAUCCUCUACAAGUGUGAUUCGCCGUACAUCAUCACUUUCUUCAGUGCCUUUUUUGUCGAGAACAGGAUAUCCAUAUGCACAGAAUUCAUGGACGGUGGUUCUCUGGACGUGUACAAAAGAAUUCCAGAGCACGUGCUGGGGAGGAUUGCAGUGGCAGUAGUCAAAGGCCUGACGUAUCUGUGGAGCCUGAAGAUACUUCACAGAGAUGUCAAGCCUUCCAAUAUGCUGGUGAACACCCGAGGACAAGUCAAGCUCUGUGACUUUGGUGUCAGCACGCAGUUGGUGAAUUCUAUUGCCAAAACGUAUGUGGGAACCAACGCAUACAUGGCGCCGGAAAGGAUAUCAGGAGAACAGUAUGGUAUCCACGCAGAUGUCUGGAGUGUGGGAAUCUCUUUCAUGGAGUUGGCGCUAGGCAUGUUCCCCUAUCCACAGAUCCAGAAAAAUCAAGGAUCUUUAAUGCCUCUCCAGUUACUGCAAUGCAUCGUUGAUGAGGAUCCUCCAGUUCUUCCGGUCGGCCAGUUCAGUGAGAAGUUUGUCCACUUCAUCACUCAGUGCAUGCGGCGGCAACCGAAAGAGAGGCCUGCCCCUAAUAACCUCAUGGAUCAUUCCUUCAUCAUACAGUUUAACGAUGGAAAUGCUGAGGUGGUGUCGAUGUGGGUUUGUCGCUGUCUGGAGGAGAGACGAGCUCAGCAGGCUCAGGGACACGUCUGAUGCCCUCCUGCUGUCCACCCAGGAUGGACCGGGACGUUUGAUCCUAAACCUUGAACACUUAUCAAAGGCUUCAGGGUCAAGUACGUCCAUAAUGCACUGUAGAAGUGACUCAAUAUACACAGACAAAAAUCACUAGAUGUUACAAACUUUAUGUGAGUAAUUCUUUAUUUAACAGCACUCGUGCGCCAUGACAAUGAGGAGCUCACAUCCUUUGAAGUUUGCAUCUUAAUCUCGAGACGUCUGCGCUUUCUUUCUAAUGUGGGUCUCCAUCCGCAGCUUCGUCCACACGCUUUUCGGGAGUAUAAAGAAAUGCAGUGGGGCACAUCACAGUCUGAUGAAUGGAGAUAAACAGUCCUGAUUCAAAGGACAAGAAACAACUUUAAAUCUUUAGUCUGCAAUACGUUGGCAGAGUUUCACUCUGUUUCUGGGGUGGUAUCUCAAAUAGCCGUCUUGUGCUUUACUGUUGACAGCCCUCUAGUGAAUGUUAAGGUUUUUGCCUGUGAGUAACUGCCCAUGUGUGUGCCUGUUUUUCCAGUGGUGUAAUUUAUUACCUCAGAAAACUUAUUUUGUCACUGAAAUGGCAACACUUUCCCCCAAAAGAUUACCUGUUUAUAUUUUCUGGACUAAAGAAAAUGUAUCCAGUUAUUCCCUUAUCUUUGAGGUCGAGGUAUUAACAGAACUGAUAACCCGCAAAAAUUAUAAUUUGUAUAUUAAUUACUCACAGCCUGUUAAGUGGAAUUUGUGAAGAAAAGUUUCUUACAUGGCGCCAUGGUCAAUGAAGCACCCAAAAAAAGCAAACAUUCUUCAUGAAUUUAAGUAAACGGGGUCCACGUUUAACAACAGCAAAACUUUCUCAAAAAUACAUUAACAAAGUCACACAGCUCUUGCAGUAUAAUUCAGGGCUGCUCCGCCAAAGUCGAAGUUUCGAAACGUCAGUUGGAGAACCCACUCGAGUAAGAUUCUUCAAGUCGGGCAAACUUUUUUUUUUUUUUUGUCAGUCGAUGUGCAGUUUACUUCUGAGGACGUUUCGUUCUGUAGAUGUAGUUGUCGAGUUAAUGCUGCUCACUUUUACGCUGCUCUUCAGUACAGGCAGCUGCAGACCCAGAGUGAGUCUAAUGUGACAGUGGACUUACCAGGAGGAAGAGACGUUUGGUCCAGUCAAGUUCUGAGAUAACAUUUUUUUCUGCCUUUUGCUUCACAGCAACUUUUGACGAUACAGUCUCUGGCUUUUUUGAUAUCUUUGUCAGCAAAAAUACAUUUACAACCCAUCCUUAACAUAUUUAGCAUGCAUUAGCUCAAAGAGCUAACUUGGCUUGUUUAUUGUAUUAUGUGAACAUUUCUGUCACCCUGACUGUGCAGUCGAACUCUGUUCAAACACUAAAUGCAAAUAAGAAACAAAAAUAUUCAUAUUGAACAGCCAAAUACAGUUCAAAUGACAUAAUUUCUUAGCACAUACCUAAUAUAAUGCAUGCUUUAUUUAUCCAGUGGUAUGUGCAGUACUACCAAAACACGUGCAUUUUCGCUGAAAUGUUGCAAUACAAAAUGCUUUUGCAUUUGAGUGGCGUGCCGUGAGCGUGCUUGAGCACUCACGUGGGAAUGAAGUCAACCGUGUAGCUUUCUGUUGAUAAAUGUUGAUGACUUCAGCUCGUGAAAAAUGAUGACCACUUUUGGAAUUUCUGUAAACGUGGAUACAAGAAAGUUUUCUUCACAAGUUCAAUGUAACACUCAGUGAGUAAUUGAUAUAUAAUUGAUCAAGUUUGUGGGUAAAGUAUUUUAUUUAAGUGAAUUCAAAGCUCUGUCUUCUUCAAGAGGUGUGUUAGUGAACAAAUAGCCUGCAGUAUCAAUGAGUUUGAGUGCAAUGAAAAAUUAUCAUGCAUCUUUUCUUGGUUUUUAAGGCAUAAUAACCAAACAGAUUAUUGUUUAAACUCAUCUGGAGGAACCAGGGUAUCUUUCUGUUUAGGUUUUUAGUGUCUAACUCUGUUGCACAUCCUUUAUUUCAGUUUGCACAGACAGCCUGAUGUUGAACGCCACUGAAUGGAAAGUUCACUUUUUUCUCCACUUUCAUUCAGCAGCACUUUGUUUUUCUUAAGAUCCGUUAAGUAUAAGACCAACUAGAGAAACAUAACAGAAAUAAUUUCUCUUCCUCCCCAUAUGACACUUUUUUGAUUCAGAGUUACAGUUUUAUCUGUUUUCUAACCAGUAAAUCCUUACUUUAGCAAGAUAUGUUCUUAAUAUACAGAAAUUAUGCUGUUUUUUUGGAUUGCCAAAUGAGAUCAGAUGAUUUACUGUAGAGGGGAAAUAUUAAUGCAGUGCACUUAACACCAAAGACCACUGAUGACCCAAAUGGUGACUGAAAUGUAUCUCUCACUACUAAGACAAACAUAAUGAGGUUAGUGACUAAAAUGAUUUGCUUUGACAAGGUCUUCAUGUGCAGCUGUUGAAAUGUGCAGAGCUCAAGUGCAAUUAAAAAACAUUUCUCCCACAAA